AUGCUUUAUAAAUACAUAUUCCGUGUAUCAUGGUGUUAUUUAUCUUAUCUUAAACAUGCUCAAUUGCAACGACGAUGUUUAUACAAGCAAUUGUCUUUUAAAGAGGCGCCAUCUGCAUCUUUAUCUAUAAAAGAUCGCCAAGAAUCUACAGAAAUAACGCGUGCUCGUCUUCUUUAUCAAAGUCGCAAACGAGGUAUUUUAGAAACAGAUCUGAUAUUGUCUACUUUUGCAAAAAAAUAUCUGCCAUUAUUCACAAAAAAAGAGCUUGAAACAUAUGACAAAUUCUUACAAGAGUCUGAUUGGGAAAUUUAUUCCUGGGUUAUUCGAAAAAUAGAUGCACCUGAAAAAUGGCGUAAAAGUAGUCUUCUUCUUAUGCUUCAAGAGCAUUGUCAAGAUAAGACAGCCCCUAUUCGAAGAAUGCCUGAUAUUUUUUGA